CUCGUCAGGCGCGUCCGGUCAGUCCAUGUCAUUCUGGAGAGCCAGUGCGAUCCUCGGCAGUGUUCUGAGACUGCACUAACUGCUCCGGUCACUGCUGGAAAUGCCAUGAGAAUGGACAUUACUGUGAAGAAAUAACAAAAAAUAAAGGAAUCUGUGAUACAAUACGAGUUUAAACGAUUUUGUUUUCUUUUGGGAAAGUUCAGUGAAGUAAUUUAUACGCAGGACAAGGUUCUUCAGCAUAGCCAUCAUCAUGACAGCCGAGAGAGAGAAAAAAAGGCACCCUUCAGAAAGGCGCAAGGAGAAGUCUCGUGAUGCAGCGCGCUGCAGGCGCAGUAAAGAGACAGAGGUGUUCUAUGAGCUAGCACAUCAGCUGCCAUUACCCCACAGCAUCAGCUCACACCUGGACAAAGCCUCUAUCAUGAGAUUGGCUAUCAGCUUCCUGCGCACACGCAAACUCUUCAACUCAGGCCAUACAGUACAACAAAUGCGGUCGCAAAAUGGCAGCCAGAUGGACAAUCUGUAUCUGAAGUCUCUGGAAGGCUUUGUGGUUGUGGUCACUUCAGAUGGGGACAUGAUAUUCCUUUCAGAAAAUGUCAGUAAAUUUAUGGGCCUGACGCAGGUGGAACUGACAGGCCACAGCAUCUUCGACUUCACACAUCCUUGCGAUCAUGAAGAAAUCAGAGAGAAUCUCAGCAUCAAAUCAGGGCCUGUGUAUGGCAGAAAAGGGAAAGAAAUAAAUACUGGCAGAGAUUUUUUUAUGAGAAUGAAAUGUACGGUCACCAACAGAGGCCGCACUGUCAACCUCAAAUCAGCCAGCUGGAAGGUUUUGCAUUGCACUGGGCAUUUGCAAGUGUGCAGCAAUCGGUCUCCUCAAAUCCUGUGUGGGUAUUCAGAGCCGCCGCUCACAUGCAUCACUAUGCUUUGUGCACCAAUUCCACAUCCAUCUAAUGUCGACACACCUCUUGACAGCAAGACGUUCAUGAGCAGACAUAGUAUGGAUAUGAAGUUCAUUUACUGCGACGAGAGAGUCAGCAGCCUGAUCGGUUACAGACCCGAGGAACUUCUUGGCCGUUCGGUUUAUGAGUUCUGUCACGCUUUGGAUUCGGAGAACAUGACAAAGAGCCAUCAAAAUCUUUGCAAUAAGGGCCAGGUAGAGAGUAGCCAGUACAGAAUGCUUGCCAAACAUGGAGGCUACGUUUGGGUGGAGACUCAAGCAACUGUCAUCUACAACAACCGCAACUCCCAACCGCAGUGCAUCAUCUGCAUCAACUACAUCCUGAGCUCUGUGGAGGAGCAGUCCGUCAUCUUCUCCCUGGACCAGACGGAGGCCCUGUUCAAACCCUACCACACCUACGACAUGGGUGAAAUAUUCAGCCAGAAUGCAUCCGAUGCUCAGAACAUUCUCUUCACUACACUCAAGGAGGAGCCUGAGGAGUUAGCGCAGUUAGCGCCUAUGCCAGGGGACGCCAUCAUUGCCCUGGACUUUGAAAGGUCAGAGUUUGAAGAGGAGACAUUCUUUUCCAAGUCCUCCAAGCUCCCUCCGGUGGGCCCAUCCUGGGUUGUGGACACACCUCCUGACGGCAGUCCUGAGAGAAACCUGUCCAGCUUGCCGUCCUCCUUCACUGUACCCCAAGUGCCUCCAGCAGGCAAAUGCACACCCUGUACGACACCCUGCUUGAGCAGUUGCAGCAGCUGUUCUACACCUAGCAGUCCAGUGGAUUGCUGUGGCAGUGGAGAGUGGGAUCUGAAGGUGGAGCUGACAGAGAAGCUGUUUGCCCCUGAACCUGGAGCAACCAAUCCAACAGACUCCCAGUUGAACCUGAGCGAUCUGGACCUGGAGACUCUUGCUCCAUACAUCCCAAUGGACGGCGAGGACUUCCAGCUGCACCCCAUUUGUCUAGAGGAGUCGGUGCCUGAUGCAGGUCCAGGUCAGAGCGCAGCCUUCCGGCACAGUUUCAGCAGCGUGGCCGACCUCUUCCAGCCUCUGGGUCAAUUUCCUCCUUACAACAAAAACAGACCUAGCACAUGUCCAGACGCAGCUCACAUACAACCCUACCAAACCACGCCAAACAUCCCGCUCUCUUCAGAAAAGCAAAGACAGAGUCUUCAUUGGCCCCCUGAUCAACCCUCACAGUAUGAACACACAAAUAUUGGCUGCAUGGAUGAUAGAAACACAAGAGACCCAGGACAAACGUGCAGUUUCAGUGUUCCACCACCACAGCAAAGGUUUUUCGAGAACUUCACCCCAGUAGAGAAAGGCAUGAGUUUGGGACAGAGAGCUCUCCUAAACAACUUUAAACGGAAGAGGCAAUCCGAGUUCCCUUCAUCCUGCUCUUUCUCUGAUAUUCCAAAGGUGGUCGCUCCACACAAGUCUACAGAUGGAAUGCGAAAAAGGAUGAAGCCGAUGAAUGAUGACAGCUGUGCUUUCUCUGUCAGAAAGUCUCUCAGCACGAGUGUUCUCACAGAUAAAUUUCCAUGUAUGCAAAGUGUAUUGGCUGAUCCUCACGCCUGCAGUCGAUCUAUUAAAGGCUGUUCAGAGGAUCUCAAACAGCACUGCACAGACUCAUUCUGCUCUAACAGUAGCAGACAGUACAACAUGAUGCCGUCACGCAAGCAUACGGGCAUGAUAAGUCAACUGCUGGCUCCGUCCUUUGACUCAUACUGUCUGCCAGAGCUGACGCGAUAUGACUGUGAGGUAAACAUGCCUCUACAGGGAAACCUGCAUCUGCUUCAGGGCAGUGACCUGCUGAGAGCCUUAGACCAGUCCACAUAAGCUGUCCAUUCACCUUCAUCAUCCAGCCUUUACGCCUGUAUUAUCAGCCUCAUUUAGGCUCAUUUGUACAUUUUCCUUUAAGACGUGUAAUAUUUUAAUAUAUAAAUCUGAUUGUUACUUGUUUCAAAUGUGUUCAGACGUACCUCUGUAUCUCAGACACUAAUAUUGUCUUGUGCCUUCAGAUGCGAAGUGCUUUUAACAUUUAUGGUCAGAUUUGCUGUUAUAUGAAUAUCUACUAACUAGAAUAUGUAUAAUAUAUACAGUUGAAGUCAGAAUUAUUAGCCCCCCUAAUAUUUUUUCCCCCAAUUUCUGUUUAACAGGAAGAUUUUUUCAACACAUUUCUAAACAUAAUAGUUUUAAUAAUUUAUUUUAAAUAACUGAUUUAUUUUAUCUUUGCCAUGAUGACAGUAAAUAAUAUUUGACUAGAUAUUUUUCAAGAUGCUAGUAUUCAGCUUAAAGUGACAGUUAAAUGCUUAACUAAGUUAUUUAGGUUAACUAGGCAAGUUAAGACAAUUAGGGAAGUCACUGUAUAAUGAUGGUUUGUUCUGUAGACCAGUGGUUCCCAAAGUGAGGGUCGCGGGACAAUGACAGGGGGUCGCUUGGUGAUUUCUAAAAGUCACAAAACUUCUUGCACGCCCUCAAAUAUACGCUGCUCAAGUGCAGAUUUUCAUGUGCGCUCUCAAAUAAAUGCUACUGAAGUGCAAUUUAGGGCGUUUAUGUAACAAGUAUGUCUUUAACAUUUAUUAGAUUUGCAAGGAAAAUUUAUGAAUGUCUCCAAUAGACCUACAGAGUGGCAUUAAUGCAUCCUGAAGUAAAGUGAAACGGUUAUAAACUCCAGCAAGAUUAAGUCAUUGUAUGCAGAGCCAUAGACCUUUAUCUAUUAAGUAUAAUUAUGGAAACUGUGUCCAUCAUAACUGAAAGCUACGUUGUGUUCGCUAGCCUCAUGCAUCACGCAGCUCUGUCAGUCUGUCAGCAUGUCACCUUAAAGGGUUAAAUAAAUAAUGUACAGCAAACAGAAAAGUUUGCGCUGUUAUAAUUCACUAACUUUUUAAUACGUUUUGGUGCGAUUAUAACCCGCUAUAAAAAAACAACAACAACAGAAUGUUUUGACUGAGAAGCUGUAAUGUAGCCGUGACAGGAUGAAUUUUGGUGUGGUGCCCACCAUGGAAGAAUGUAGCGGAACACAUGUGCCUUAUUGUGUGCACAACGUUUGUAUAUUUAUAUUCACCCUUGGUGAAUUUGGGUGUCGCAGUCACUGCCAUUGUUAUUUCGGGGGUCACAGGCUGAAAAAAUUGGCAACCCCUACUUUAGACAAUAAAAUUUCUUUUAUUCUAGCCAAAACAAAACAAAUAAAACUGAAAAAAUAUAUGGGAAAUACUGUGAAAAAAUCCUUUCUCUGUUAAACAUCAUUUGGGAAAUAUCUGAAAAAGAAAACAAAUAUUCACAGGAGGGCUAAUGAAUUUGACUGCAACUGUAUAUAAAAUGGUAGUUGCAUACGUAACGUCUUCAUUCAGCUUGAAAUACAAAUACUGCCUUUGUGUAAAUCAACUCUUUUGACGAAAGCAUUGCCUUACAAAUAUUCGCUUUGAAAUUGUACCAGCAACAAAUGUGGCAUAAAACUGUGUAGCUCUGUUUUUCUUCCUCAGCUUUCUCCUGUGUUUUUCUCAAACGCAUUCAUAAUGACAGAACGCUGUAUUAAAUGUCUGUCAUCUUAAGCACUUUAUUUUAAAAGAUGCAAAUGGAAGACCAAACUGAAAUACUGAGCAUCUUGGCCAUUUUGAGGGGAGGGGAGGGGGUGUCCAUCACUAACCCAUCCUUUAAAACAGGGGUCCUCAAUCUCGGUCCUGGAGGACCGGUGUACUGUAGAUGUUAGCUGGAGUCUCAUUCAGACACACAUGGGCUAGCUAAUCAAGCUCUUACUGUAAAACCCCAAAAGUUAAGGUAACUCAAACCGAUUGCAACAAACUAUUUAAGUUCAAAAACGAAUCCUAAUGAGUACUGUGAACUUAAUCCAUUUGAGUAAAUGAAGCAAUCUGAGCACAGUAAAACCUGAUAAAUGAAGAGAACUCAAACCAACUGAGUACUGUGAAACCCAACAAGUUAAGAAAACUCAAACUGUUUGAGAAAACCGAUUGCAACAAACUAUUUAAGUUAAAGAAACUAAUUUAUAUGAGUACUGUGAACUUACUCCAUUUAAGUUGAAGUAAUGAGGUAUUUAAUUAACUGAUUACCUUCAACACUGAGUUCAAAACUCUUUUCAAAUGAUUAGAAUUAGCUUCCAGUACAUUUUGAGUUAACUACACUCAUUUCAUUUGAUAAAGCUAACUGUUGGGUUUUACAGCUUUCCAGAAACAUCCUUGCAGGUGUGUUGAGGCAAGUUGAAGCUAAAAUCUGCAGGACACCGGACCUCCAGGACCGAGUUUGAGAACCACUGCUCUGAAAUAUAGUCUUUAUUUGAAAACUGAGUUGUAAAUUCAAAAAUUAUUUUCAUAUACAAACAUAUCUAUUGCGUCUACAUUGGAUGAGGUCAGAGUUUUAUGCUUUGUAUCUCAGUAACACGUAACAAUUGUUUGUAUUUGGUGUUCAGAAGUGCCUUGGUACUCGGUUUUGUCUGCAUUGCUGUAGACAGAGAUGAACCUGUAGCUUUCUCUUUUACAGUACAUAUCUAAUAUAUAUAUAUGGUAUUUCAAGGUUAAUAGAUUUUAUAUCAAUUUUUGUGUGAAGCGUAUCACCUUCUCGUGAUACUCUGGGGUUGUGUGUUUCUUAACAAAAUAUAUAAAGCUGAUUUAUCUUAUCACUUCUGAAAGAGUCUGUGAUUGAUUCAUCUCAGAAUAGUCGCUUAAAGUAACAAGCAUUUGUUUUACAGUCGUUUUUGUUGUAUUAAGUUAUACAAAAGGAUGCAUUAUGUCAAAAAGAAUAUUAAAACAUAAAUGGUGCUACUUACAAAU